AUGGUCAAGGACGAGCACAAGCGGUUGUUGGAUGCGUCGGGUACGGAGCCUCGGGACGAGGACGCCACCGCGACGGCGAUCUUGAAGCGCAAGAAGAAGGACAACUACUUGCUAGUGGACGAUGCUGUGAAAGAUGACAACUCGGUAAUUGUGGUGAACUCCAACACAAUGGAUCUUUUGCAAUUGUUCCGCGGAGAUACAGUCCUGGUAAAGGGCAAGAUGAGAAAGGACACGGUGCUUAUUGUGUUGCUGGACGACGAGCUUGCGGACGGCGUGUGUCGUAUAAAUCGUGUGGUGCGGAACAACUUGCGGGUGCGUCUUGGGGACCUUGUUUCUAUUCAUCCCUGCCCGGAUAUCAAGUAUGCGGAGCGUAUUUCGGUGUUGCCAAUUGCGGACACGAUUGAGGGCCUCACGGGCAACUUGUUCGAUGUAUACUUGAAGCCGUACUUUGUGGAGGCCUACCGCCCUGUUCGUAAGGGCGACCACUUCAUAGUGCGGGGGAGCAUGAGGCAGGUCGAGUUUAAGGUGGUGGAUGUGGAGCCGGAGGACUACGCUGUCGUGGCGCAGGACACGAUUAUCCACUCCGAUGGUGAGCCAAUUAACCGGGAAGAUGAGGAGAACAACAUUAAUGAGGUAGGCUAUGAUGACAUUGGUGGCUGCCGGAAGCAAAUGGCCCAGAUUCGGGAGAUGGUCGAGUUACCUUUGCGGCACCCACAGCUAUUCAAGGCGAUCGGUAUAAAGCCGCCCAAGGGUGUGCUCAUGUACGGUCCACCUGGUACCGGUAAAACUCUAAUGGCGCGUGCGGUCGCCAAUGAGACUGGUGCUUUCUUCUUUCUCAUUAAUGGGCCAGAGGUCAUGUCGAAAAUGGCCGGUGAGUCCGAGUCUAACUUGCGCAAGGCUUUCGAGGAGGCAGAGAAGAAUGCUCCAGCUAUCAUCUUCAUCGAUGAGAUUGACUCUAUCGCCCCCAAGCGUGACAAGACCAACGGUGAGGUUGAAAGAAGGGUUGUUUCGCAGUUGCUAACUUUGAUGGAUGGUAUGAAGUCAAGAUCUAACGUCGUCGUAAUCGCUGCCACUAACAGGCCGAACUCCAUUGACCCAGCGCUAAGACGUUUUGGUAGAUUUGACCGUGAAGUAGACAUUGGUAUCCCAGAUGCCACUGGAAGGUUGGAAAUUCUAAACAUCCACACAAAGAACAUGAGAUUGGCUGAUGACGUUGAUUUGGAAGUGCUAGCUGCUGAAACCCAUGGUUAUGUGGGUGCUGAUAUUGCCUCUUUGUGUUCAGAGGCUGCAAUGCAACAGAUUAGAGAGAAGAUGAGUCUAAUUGAUUUGGACGAGGAUGAAAUCGACGCUGAAGUGCUUGAUUCCUUAGGAGUUACAAUGGAUAACUUUAGAUUCGCACUUGGGAACUCCAAUCCAUCCGCGCUACGUGAAACCGUGGUUGAAUCGGUUAACGUUACUUGGGACGAUGUUGGUGGGUUGGAUGACAUAAAGCGGGAGUUGAAGGAAACCGUUGAGUAUCCCGUCUUGCAUCCUGACCAAUACAUUAAGUUUGGUCUAUCGCCAUCGAAAGGUGUGUUGUUUUACGGUCCUCCAGGUACUGGUAAGACGUUGUUGGCAAAGGCAGUCGCAACUGAAGUAUCUGCUAAUUUCAUUUCUGUGAAGGGUCCAGAGUUGCUAAGCAUGUGGUAUGGUGAGUCUGAGUCCAACAUUCGUGAUAUUUUUGAUAAAGCUAGAGCCGCAGCGCCAACCGUUGUCUUUUUGGAUGAACUAGAUUCCAUUGCAAAGGCUAGAGGUGGCUCAAUGGGUGAUGCUGGUGGCGCCUCUGAUAGAGUCGUUAACCAAUUGUUAACUGAAAUGGAUGGUAUGAAUGCAAAGAAAAAUGUUUUUGUCAUCGGUGCCACAAAUAGACCUGACCAGAUCGAUCCAGCCAUUCUAAGACCUGGCAGAUUGGAUCAGUUGAUAUAUGUGCCUCUACCUGACGAGGCUGGCAGAAUGUCUAUCUUAAAGGCGCAAUUAAGGAAGGCGCCUUUGGAGCCUGGCUUAGACUUGGGCGCUAUCGCUAAAGCUACUCAGGGUUUCUCCGGUGCGGACUUGUCUUACAUCGUUCAAAGAGCCGCCAAGUUUGCUAUUAGGGACUCUAUUGAAGCCCAAAAGAGAGCAGAGGCAGAAAGAGCCGAUAAGCCUAAGACCGAAGAUGUUGAGAUGUCGGAUGCCAAUGUCGCCUCUGAAGAGGAGGUUGACGCCGUGCCAUUUAUUACUCGGGAACAUUUUGCUGAUGCAAUGAAGACCGCCAAGCGCUCCGUUUCAGACGCCGAACUCCGUCGGUACGAAGCUUACGCCCAACAGAUGAAGGCAUCAAGGGGACAAUUUGGUAACUUCUCAUUUGGAUCAGAGGCUCGCUCUGAUAGUGGAGCUGGUGCCGCACCAGCGGGCACCGAAAGUUCCGGUGCUGCUGCAUUCAACAACGCUGCUGAUGAAGAUGAUGAUUUGUACAGUUAA